AAAUCAUAAAAAUACGAAAACUAAAAGCAAAACAAAGCAUCCGAGGGAGAGAAAAAAAUUUAAAUUUAAAUUUUCAUAGUUUUUAUCAAAAAGUUUAUACAAAAAAUUAAAGUCGAUAAUUUAAUUGCUCAUUAAAAAUGCUUACAAGCACAAUAAAACUUAAAAUUCUCGUCAUUGGCGAAAGUGGAGUUGGAAAAUCGAGUCUUAUGCUUCGAUUUACGGACGAUAAAUUUGAUCCAAAUGAACAACCAACAAUUGGCGUUGAUUUUAAAGUCAAAAACUUAGAAAUUGAUGGACAAAGGAUUUAUUUACAAAUUUGGGACACGGCAGGACAAGAAAGAUUCCGAACUUUGAUACCGAGCUACUAUAGGGAUGCCACAGGUGCCAUUCUAGUCUAUGAUGUCUCAAAAAUGAACAGUUUCCAAAAGCUUGAGACAUGGUUAGAAGAGCUUGAAAUUAACACAAACAGAAACAUCACAAAAAUGAUUGUUGGCAAUAAGAUUGAUCUACAAAAUAUGCGCAAAGUUGAUCGUGAGUUAGGCAAAAAAUUCGCAAAACAGCAACGAGCACUUUUUGUCGAGACAUCAGCAGCUAAUAAUAUUAAUGUUCAGACAGCAUUUGAGGAAUUGGUAAAGAAAAUUCUGGAAGAUAAUAUUUUUGAUGACCAAAAUGGUGUGGCAAAGAGUGACAUAAGGCUUACGGGGAUGAGCGACUCACAGAAUCAACAACCUGCUGGGGGAUCGUGUACGGGUGGAUAUUGUGGAAGAUGAGUUAAUAGAUCUGAAAUUUGUUUACUUUU